UGGGAGGUCUGCAUAGUGUACUAAUAUGCCACUACAUAUAGUCAAGGGUGGGGUGGGGGGAAGCACAAUUUAAUUCGGAGCACAUUCCGAUCAGGUGCCAUUCUCUGAGACACGUGUAUGUAGAUUUUUCGUCUGGCACCUGCCAACAGAGAGACGAAGACAUUGUCACAGCACGAUGAUGUUCGUGCCUUUUACCAGAUACCUGUAGUAAUUUCUCAUUGAAAUCUUGACCUACGUGUGUGGAGCUCGCUAAAGGAUAAAAACAAGGCGGGCGAACUACCAACGUUCGUGCCGCCUUUCCUGACACGAUACACUGUAAUUAGAUGAAACGGGGCAGUACGUCGAGAAAUAUUACGUCAUGCUUGAAAAUGUCCUCAGAGACUUCCCGGAAUGAUGUGCCAAAUGUCGUAUCGAGACUGCAUAAUUUGCGCUUAAGUCAGGAAGAUGGAGAUGAUCCCCAACCAAAUGCAAGUGUAAAUCAUGUUGCAUCUGGAGACUCGUCUCCAGAGACUAUUCGAAAUACCCAACCGAUUGGUAAUGUCACACUCUCACGGGCUAGACGUGCACUUAAUUUUGUUUACGAUGAAGAUCAACCAACAACCUCUAUGGCUAGAAGCGGGGAAUCUUCAUUUUCUAAUGGAGAUAAUAGACCUCCGACAAAUGCAGCAAAUACAUUGCAUUUAGAGGGACGACCUCAGAGUAAUGUUGCCUUGGAAAAUGCAUCCACGAAUAGUCAAACUACUGUUGCAUAUAAUUGGCAGGGUACAAAAGCUACAAUGCGUGAAAGGAUUGUCUUUCUGUUUAAUAAUGAAAUAUUGUCUGAUGUGAGCUUCAUAGUGGGGAGAGGAGCACAAAAACAGCGUAUACCAGCUCAUAAACUAGUCCUAUCUUCUGGAAGUGCUGUUUUUGAUGCAAUGUUCAAUGGAACACUUGCUACAACUUCUUCAGAAAUAGAAGUACCUGAUGUAGAACCAGUUGCUUUUUUAGCAGUGCUUCUUUUUUUAUACACUGAUAAAAUAGAAAUAGAUCCUGAGAGUGUGAUGAUGACGUUAUAUACAGCUAAGAAGUAUGCAGUAUCAGCUUUAGAGAAGCACUGUGUUGAAUAUCUAAAGAGUAAUUUAACCAGUGAUAAUGCUUUCUUACUCUUAACGCAAGCUCGUUUAUUCGAUGAGCCUCAACUGGCUGCAGUCUGUUUGAAUACCAUAGAUAGAUUUACUACCGAAGCAUUAAAUGCAGAUGGUUUUACAGAUAUAGAUAUUGAUACACUGAAGAUUGUUUUGGAGAGAGAUACUCUUCGUGUUAGAGAAUCUAAAAUAUUUCAAGCAGUUCUAAGAUGGUCAGAGGCGGAAUGUGUAAGACACCAGCUACCCCUAACUCCAGAAAAUCAACGUUUUGUGUUGGGUAGUGCUUUCUCAUUGAUUCGUUUUCCUCUAAUGUCUAAAGAAGAAUUUACUGCUGGUGCAGCACAAUCUGGACUUUUGAAUUAUGCAGAGGUUCUUUCCUUAUUUUCAUAUUUUAUACUAAAUCCAAAACCAGUAGUUGGAUUUCAAACAAUGCCUCGUUGUUGUAUGACUGGUAAGGAACAAACUGUAUGUAGGUUUCAACAUACUAAAAGCAGAUGGGGAUAUUAUGGAACAAGCGAUCGCAUUAGAUUUAGCGUUGAUAGACGAAUAUUUCUUAUUGGCUAUGGAGUUUAUGGUAGUACGCAUGGCCCUGCAAUAUAUGAAGUAUUAAUAGAAUUAAUACAUACUGCUUCUGGGAAAGUAAUUGCUACAAAUUCAUCAAGUUUUAGCUGUGAUGGUUCAACAUACACUUAUCGCCUAAUGUUCAAAGAAUUAGCAGAGAUUUUACCAGAUACAAUUUAUACAGCAUCAGCAACAUUUCAGGGUCCUUGUUCUCAUUAUGGAACUAAGGGUUUAGAAACUGUUAUGGUAGAUAGUGAUACAGGAAAUGGAAAAGUCAAGUUUGAAUUUAGUAUUGAGACAGGUGAUAAUAAUGGAACGUCUACAGAGGAAGGACAAAUUCCUGAGCUUAUAUUUUACACUUAAUGACUCAUGUACAUAAUAAUGACAUUCCUUUAAUCAGCUUCAUUGUCUUUCAAAAUUUAAUACAUUAAAUCGAAUUGUACAAACAG